AGACGAAGAAGGACCAAGAGAUAGACGUAAACAGAAAUGGCACUAGCAGCAUACCGGCACCUUCUGCGUUCAACGCGGAUAGCCUUUCAAGGCGAUGCGCAGGUCUUACACGCUGCACGGUUCCAAGCACGAGACGCCUUCCGAAAGAAUGCAGCGAUGCAACAAGGUGAUCCGGCUUUGCGACCUGCCAUCGCCCAUGCGGAGGAGGUGGCGAAGAUUUUGAGGGAGAAUGUCGUGCAAGGGAAGAGGGUGGAUAGGGAGGGUGAGGAGAGAUAUAAAUUGAGGAUUCAUGAGCAUACAGAACGGGGAGAUAAUGACACCGUGAAGAUGCCGAACGGGCAAAAGGUCGUGAUUGAUGGCAAGAAAUGCUCGGAUCGGUAGUACAAGAUGGAUCUCGAGGGAAAAGAAAAACCCUCGCUGUAUCAUAUGGGCUUUAGAUGUUGGGAGAGAGUUACUUGUACGAUUACGCUCU